AUGGCCGCCCCGCUCGAGCCUUCGGCUCAGAACAACUUCGAUGAGUCGCUCUUCGACAAGAAGAUGACGGAGUUCCUCUCCAACAACACGGACGAGUUCUACACGGACUGGGAGGAGUCGUUCGACACGUUCGACGACAUGCAGCUCCACGAGAACCUGCUGCGCGGCAUCUACGCCUAUGGUUUCGAGAAGCCCUCGGCCAUCCAGCAGAAGGGUAUCGUGCCCUUUGGCAAGGGCCUGGACGUGAUCCAGCAGGCGCAGUCCGGUACGGGCAAGACCGCCACCUUCUGCGCCGGCAUCCUCCAGCGCCUGGACUACUCGUUGAUGUCCUGCCAGGCCCUGGUGCUCGCGCCGACGCGCGAGCUGGCCCAGCAGAUCGAGAAGGUGAUGAAGGCGCUGGGCGACUACCUCAAGGUGCGGUGCCACGCCUGCGUGGGUGGCACCAGCGUCCGCGAGGACCAGCGCAUCCUCCAGGAGGGCGUCCACGUCAUCGUCGGCACCCCCGGCCGCGUGUACGACAUGCUCCGCCGCCGCGCCCUGCGCCCGGACGACAUCCGCAUGUUCGUGCUCGACGAGGCCGACGAGAUGCUCUCGCGCGGGUUCAAGGACCAGAUCUACGACAUCUUCCGGCAGCUGCCGCCCAAGCUCCAGGUGGGCAUCUUCUCCGCGACGCUGCCCCCGGAGGCGCUCGAGAUCACGCGCAAGUUCAUGAACAAGCCGGUGCGCAUUCUGGUGAAGCGCGACGAGCUCACGCUCGAGGGUAUCAAGCAGUUCUACGUGGACGUGGACAAGGAGGAGUGGAAGCUCGACACGCUCUGCGACCUCUACGAGACCAUGGCCAUCACGCAGUCGGUCAUCUUCGCCAACACCCGCCGCAAGGUGGACUGGCUGACGGAGAAGAUGCGCGAGCGCGACCACACGGUGUCGGCGACGCACGGUGACAUGGACCAGAACACGCGUGACGUCAUCAUGCGCGAGUUCCGCUCGGGCUCGUCGCGCGUGCUCAUCACCACCGACCUGCUCGCGCGUGGUAUCGACGUGCAGCAGGUGUCGCUGGUCAUCAACUACGACCUCCCGACGCAGCCGGAGAACUACCUCCACCGCAUCGGUCGUUCCGGCCGUUUCGGUCGCAAGGGUGUCGCCAUCAACUUUGUGUCGACCGACGACAAGCGCCUCCUGCAGGAGAUCCAGCGGUUCUACAACACCGUCAUCGAGGAGCUGCCCGCCAACGUCGCCGACCUCAUCUAA